GGAAGCGAUCGACCGGCCGCCGUUACUGAUUACUGGAAUUACUGGUAAGACAUGGAGGGCAUAAUCGAUCGAUCAUGAUAUCAUGAUAUGAUCAAAAGGUUUGCGAUCAUAUAUUUGCAUCAUCAAAUAUCGGCAUCGACUACAUCGAUACAUCAACAUCAUCAGCUUGGAAGUAUGACCCGGGUCUACCUAGAUAUUGCUGUCGGCUCCCAAUCCGCUUACGACGCCGCCAUCAUCGAACACCUCCGUGGGAUCGGCUGGUUGAUCAAGAACGCUUCGACCUAUGGUCUACCUUCGACCGUCGAUGAGCUGGAUGAGGUUGGGAGAGAGACGGUAGAGAGCUGCUUUACUGGAGAAUUCCCAGGCGUGAAAUGUCGUCUAGACCCUCCAGAAUCACUCAUCAUCGGUCGACUGCAUUUCGACCUCUCCUCUUCUCCUAACCUAGUCAAACAGACCGAAAACUUCAUCUACCUCCUAACAGCCCAAAAGUCCCCAGGUCGGAACAAGAAGGGCCUGUGUUACAAGGAUACGCCGAUGCACCGGUUCGUAGAAGGUUUCGUGCUACAAGGAGGGGAUGUGACUAGGGGGGAUGGGAGUGGGGGGGAAAGUAUUUACGGCGGAACCCUCCCAGACCCGAAACCGCCUCACCAACCCCACACCUACGGCUCCCUCUCCUACGCAUCCUCCUCCUCCAAGAACUCCUCCACCUCUCAAUUCUUCAUUACCCUCACUCCCAACACGCCAGCUGGGAUAGCCGAGAGGAAGAAGAAAUUGGAUAACAAGUAUUAUCCCUUCGGACAGCUUGUUAGUGAGGACGAAGCGCUGCUGAAGAAGUUGGAGGAGAGGUUGGGAGGCCAGGUGGGGUGGGAUGGAUUGGCGGCGAGGGGGGAGAGGUGUUGGGUGGCGGAAUGUGGGGUUUGUUGAGGUUGGAUACGAAGGACAGAGGUCAUGACAUUAGGAGCACGUGCGGUGGGCUCAUCAUUGCGCUGCCAGAGGCCUGAGGGUGUUGCGGUAUCGUUAUCGGAUACUAUACUUUCGGCCUGUUCGUUUGACAGAGCAACGGUAGCGAGGGUCCGCCCCUGGCCCCUGAACCGAUUGUCGUUCUGUUCACCAGUGGAGGUCCUCUCAAGUCUACGAGGGGUUACUGAACCUCAGACUUACGACAGCAGCGAGAAUUAUUUGACGGUUGAGGGACAUGGGGAACAAGGGCAUGAGACCUAGCCUUGAUGCGAAUUGCAUCGUCGCAGUUAGCGCCACGCUUGGUGUGGGGAAGUCCGCUGCCACUACAACCCAUGUUUCCGGGAAUGUAAAUAUCACCCCGAGCUUUGUGAACUACGCGAAGAAGGUCUACCCAUUGUCAGCGUUCUUUUGUAUC